CACACGAAGAGUCCAGAUGUCUCCGGGACAAGUUGGCUCUAGGCACAGCAUCAGUUCACUUGCAGAAGCACACAUGCACACAUGCAGAAGAAGAUUAUUGUUGGCUUUGUAGUGCCACACACACUCACACACACACACACACACACACACACACACACACACACACACACUGCUUAUACACCGUCCUCUAGCGUGACUGGAAGGAAUAGAUGACAAAAUACAGAGCACUGUACUGCUACAUUCAGUGUAUUAAGAAUUUAUCAUUCAUUAUUUACUAUAAUACUUAAUAGGCAGUAUUUUUGGAAGGAGUCUCCAAUGUCAGUCGGAGGCAAAGCUGUAACGUUGUCCGACACAGGGGAGUCUUCAAGGACAGAGGACUUUCUGGGUUUUUUUUUCUUUCUUUCUUUCUUUCUUUCUUUCUUUCUCGGUAACAUGACAAGCUGCAUGUUUUUUUUCUUUUUAUUACCUUCAAGAGAGAGAGAGAGAGAGAGAGAGAGAGAGAAACAAGAGGCUGGUGUUCAUAGCCGAUCAAAUGCAAGUGAUAAAUAGUUCCCCGAAGGUUCCGCACCAUUCUAUAACAUCUAUAAAUGGAUAAAAAAGUAUGAUGAGUCAUUUAAAAAUAAAUAAAUAAAUACAAACAAUUAGCGUUGCUAAAACACUUUGCAACAUACUAACGCCAUCCAUUAUAUCCAUUUUCUGUAAGGGUUAUCCUACACAGGGUCACUGGGAGCCCGGAGCCUAUCCCAGGGGACUCGGCGCAUGAGGCGGGGGACACAACCCAUUACGGAGCACAAUCACACACAGACAAUUUGGAAAUCAGCCUACAACUCAUGUCUUUGGACUGCCGGAGGAAACCAGAGUUCCCGGAGGAGACCCCUAAGGCAUGUAGAGAACAUGCAGGCUCUGCACACAGGGUGGGGGGCGGGAUUUAAACCCCCAACCCUGGAUAUGCCUAAGCCCUCUGCCCCCACCCGUCCCUACUCAGUGACUCAUCGUUAAUAAUUCCUCUAUUCUGUAACAUCCGUUAAUGCUUAAUGAAUACUUGUUUCAUAUAACUUCACGCGUGUAGUGUUAUUACUAUUAAUACUCUUCGAUUUGAUGUGUCAGAGUGGCUGAUGUUCACUCCUAGUGUCCGUCUCGACUCCUUCUUUAACUUUGACAGAAAACUUAGUCAACUGAAUUGAGCCACGCACCAGGCUGGAAGCUUUCCCGUCUGUUUUUUUUUUUUUUAUUAUUUUUUUUUUGUUCCAGAGCUAUGAAUAGUUUUUCCUGUAGGUGGUUCUUUCUGUAUGAAAGUAUCUUUUUUGUCCAUCAGCUCACGUAUCUCAUCCGCGUACAGCACAGGAAGUGCAGAUCUAUAGCCCACAUGCCCACACGCCCACACACACUCACACUCACACACACACACACUCACACACAGUUUCGAUGAAAACCACAAAACUCUGAAAGACAGGGGGUGUUCUACUACAGCAGAGCACAUCCCAACCUUGCACACACAGCACAGACAAGUCAAACACACACACACACACACACACACACACACACACACACACUGGAUAGUCUGGAUUCUCCCAAACACACUCCACAGACUUUGUGCUGAUUCACUCUACAUUACUACACCAGGAUGCAUUUAGACACAGAUUCAGCGGAGCUUGACUCGGAGCAUGCUCAGAAGGUCCCAGAGGCGGAGUCAGGACAGCAGCAGGUGAAGUUGAAAGACAGGCAGAAGUUUUUCGAGGAGGCAUUUCAGCAGGACAUGGAGCAUUACCUGUCCACCAGCUACCUGCAGAUUGCCGAGAGGAGAGAGCCAAUAGGAAGCAUGUCUUCCAUGGAGGUGAAUGUGGACAUGCUCGAGCAGAUGGACCUGAUGGACAUGUCUGACCACGAGGCCCUGGACGUCUUCCUCAACUCGGGAGCAGAGGACAAUAGCGUGGCUUCCCCUUUACUGGAAGCGGACACGGAGUCAUUCGGAGCCGAGAUCACACUGCAGGUCCCGACACAGGCCGAGCUGAGGCACAAACUCGCCUCACUUUCUUCCACCUGCACCGACUCGGCCAGCCAGGACACCCAGGAAGAAGAGGGCGAGGAUGAAGACGAGAGGGGCGGAGUCAGGGCCGAGAAGGAGAAGCACCAUGCUGACGUACAAGCAGCACAAGAUCAGUCGUCCAAGAACUGUGUAACUCGUGACUCGUCCACAUAGAUGAACGAGUAUACGGUUUUUAAAACCGUGCGCCCCGCCCUCGGUGUGUGUGACCGUGUCAAGUGUUGUUCGUAACCGGUAAUUUAUGAUCUCAUGAUGGUUUUGUACAGAAAUCCCCUGCUACGUGCCAUGCAGCAUCAAUCCGGUCCUCCUAUUAUAACAAUAUCUCCACCUGUUCGGUUUAUAUAAAGCUACCAUCACCUGCGCUGUGUCAGUCUGACUUCCAUCAUCGUUCAUUAUUUAAAAAAAAAAAAAAAGUAAAGGUAAACUGCAGCUUGUGUGACCUCGUGUCCUGCUCAUGAAGUCCCAGGACUUACCAGAAGCCCUGAAGUGCACCUUUAAAGAUCCUAUUGUGAAAAUGUAUCGAUUUUCUCCCAUUUGGUGGUGGUUUUUAAGAACUAUACAGACUUAAAUCUGUGUGAAAUCUGUACGGAAUGUGCUAGAAAUAAAAACAGGGUUUUUAUUUAUUUAUUUAUUUAUUUAUUUACUUUUUAAACACGCUGUUAAAAAUCGAUGCUUCUCAAAGCAGGGUUCACGAAGCAUCUCCAAGGGGUCUAUGAUUUAAAAAUUUCAGUGGUGGAAAUCCCAACCCAACAUCGUCAUUAAUAUAUUUAUUAAUGGAGCUCCUAUUAUAGAGUUAUUACUCCGUUCGAUUGUUCUUUUAAAUUGCACGGGGUUAAAUCCUAAACUCAAAAACUAGUACGGUCAACAUGGACAUAACCCGCUCCGUCAGAGGAAUAAAAUGCUCCACGGCACCAGGAUACCAUUGUAC